CAUCUCCUGCUCAGGCUUCUUCAGGAUGACUUCACAAUAUGAAUCUUCAACAAAAAGGGAAGGAAAUGCCUGAAACAGAAAAAUGAAUUCCCCCGGUCUGGCUAGAAGGAACAAGCAUGUGAGGCAAAGACAUGCAAGGAACUGGAAAGUCCGUUCAGAGGGAGCCAGUACCCACCACCUUCCAGCCAAAACUCACCAUCUUCCAGCCAAUGCCCAGAACAUUCCAGCCAAUGCCCAGAAGGUUCCAGCCAAGAGUUUAGAGCAGACACCCAAGGCAGACCAGCAGGUCAGUCAAACACCUGCAAACAACCAGAAAGUUCAUUCAGAGGCAGCUAAUACUCGCCACCUUCCAGCCAAGACUCACCAUCUUCCAGCCAAUGUCCAGAAUGUUCCAGCCAAUGCCAAACACCUUCCAGCCAAGAACUUAGAGCAGACAUCCGAGGUAGACCAGCAUGUCAGUAAAUAUAGAGGAUCUCCACUUUAUGAAAAAUACAUUCCAGAUAUCGAGUGCUAUAAUGCCAUACUAAAGCCACGAGUCAGCCUAAGCUUUCCUCUGGACUUUCCAAAGCCAGUACGACCUGGUACCAAAGCAAGAUCAAGGCCUUCUGCUUUAAAGCAAGUUAAAGUACCACUAGCACCUGCACAUGUGCAAGUAGACUUUAAGAUCCCCACCACUGAACCACCCAAGCCAAUUGCUCCAGGUGAAUCUGAUGAAUCAUCUCUAGAACCAUCUCUAGAACCAAGCCAGAACCAAGCCUUAGAGAACUCCGAGAAAGCAGAUCCAAACAAGUCAGAGGAGAAAAAGAAAUUCUGGCACAAGUUGCCUUGUUGGAAGAAAAAGAAGGCCCCUGCAUCAGACACUAAGGAACAUGCAGGUGAUCAUACCAAGGUAGAUGCAGCUGAUAAUAUAACAGUUACACCUGAAAAUGAAGAAAAAUCACACCAUAGCAGUGUAUCACCCCAGACCACUGUGGAAUCGCCAUCAUCACCACCACCACCACCAAAAUCACCACCACCCAUUUCCCCUUCAGCAACUAAACCUAGGAAAAGAAUCAAAGAUAAGAAAGAUACCACACUGAUGGUAUCUCCAUCAGACAUAACCCCUCAAACAUCUGCUGCACCAUCACCAAGUGAUGAUGGGGAACAGUCAAAAUCACCCAAAGGGAUUUUGAAAUCAUCAGUGGAAAAAAUGCAGCCUGGAAAAACUGUUUCCAUCCAUACACCACAAGAGAUAAACAGCACCAAGCCUCCUCCAAAGCAUUCAAUGACUCAUUUUAGAAGUAAGGAAAUUUCACCUGUGACUAAUGACAGUCCAACCUCUGAGAGAACAUCAGCCACUGAUGAAACAGAGCUGACUUCUGCACCUACCACAUCACUCAGAUCUCAGAGGCGCACACCUCUGUUUGCCAGAGCUUUUAAGCCACCACUAAAUGUUGCCGGGAAACGUUUUGGAAAGGGAAAAGAAGAAGGCAAAGUUUCCACUGUUGCAGCUUCAGAAACACCUUUUCCUGAGUCUCACACUACUAAUUCUGGAGAUCAAGAAAUUCCAUCUCUGACAUCUCAGCCGGCAUUGGAGAAAACAGUGCCCACAUCACCACCUGGCAUGGUGCCUCCUGAUUCGGCGCCCAGAUCACCACCCAGAAAUUUGCCGCCACCACCAGAAGAUCAAUUGAACACAGAGGCAGCUUCUGCUCUCACUACCUCUCUCAGAUCUCAGAAGCGGGCACGUAUUUUUGCCAGAGCAAGUACACCAUCCCAAAAUGUUGCCACUACUCAUUUCAGAAGUGAGGAAAUGUCACCUACAGCUGACAGCAGCUUGCCUCGCCCAACGCCUGAGAAAACACCACUCAAAUCACCCACCACUUCUCCCAAAGAUACUGAGAAACACACAGCGGUGCACAAAUCUUUCUUCACCACAAUUCCAACAGGAUCUCUGGAGGAGGUGAAAGCUGCACGCCUAGUAAGUUGUUUCUCUUUUUCUUCAAAACAUAAGUCAGAAAUGUUGGUGUAA